GCCCAAUAAACCAAUUGAAAAAAAAAAUAUGGGGAGCCUGGCGGAGGACCGUAAGGAGAGCUCACCGGUGGUGACGGGACGCAGGCCGAGAGUCCUCUGCCUCCACGGGUUCCGAACGAGCGGCGAGAUUAUGAAGAAGCAAAUUCUCGGCAAGUGGCCGGAUCAGGUCACCGCCCGGUUCGAUCUUGUCUUCGCCGAUGCGCCGUUUCCCGCCGAGGGGAAGUCCGACGUUGACGGCAUCUUCGACCCUCCGUACUACGAGUGGUUCCAAUUUGACAAGGAGUUUUUGGAGUAUAGGAAUUUCGAUGAGUGCCUGCAGUACAUUGAGGAUCUGAUGAUUAAAGAGGGUCCUUUUGAUGGUUUGAUGGGUUUCUCUCAGGGAGCAAUUCUGUCGGCGGCGUUGCCCGGACUUCAAGAAAAGGGAUUGGCGCUUACAAAGGUGCCGAAGAUGAAAUACUUGAUAAUAAUCGGUGGAGCAAAGUUUCAGAAUCCGGAGGUGGCCAAAAAAGCCUAUUCGUCGGAGAUCAAAUGCCCUUCGGUCCAUUUCAUCGGUGACAAUGAUUUUUUAAGGAAGCACGGAGAAGCCCUUGUAGAAGAAUUUGUCGAUCCUACUAUUAUCCGCCACCCCAAGGGCCACACUGUCCCCAGGCUUGAUGAUAAAAGUCUGGAGUUAAUGCUGGGUUAUUUACAGAAGAUUGAAGAGGAUCUGCACUAAGAGGAACAUAUGUUCUAAAUUUUUUUCCUUUUGUAGACUCCCGUGAAGGGUAUCCAAUUUGUAAGUUGAUGUAAGUUUCAAUUUACCAGAAAUACCUGUGAAUUAGCCCAAACAUAUUUGUUACAUUUGAAAAUUUUGUUGUCAAACUAGCAUGUGAAUUUAGAAGUUCAAAUAGAGGUCAUGUUCAGUGCAGAUGAGGAAUA